GUGACCUGUUCACCAGGGUCAGCCCCUGGACUGUGGUGCUGGCUGUGUUUGAUGUUCUUGUGGCUGUCAGCUUGGCGGUCAUCAGUGCUAUCCUCAUGACGACCACAAAAGCCAAAGAGACUCUCUCUGAAGAACUUGAGGAACGAAGUUCAAUAGGAGGAAUAGAUCUGGAGGAAGCUCGGAGAUAUGCAGAGGACAUCACACUGGAUGCAGACACAGCUCACCCUUCUCUUCAUGUGUCACAUGGUGGGAAACAUGUGGAAACCCUGCCUAUGAAGCAAGAUGUUCCUGAUAAAUCUGCUCCAUUUACUCUUGCCCCAUUUGUGCUGGGCCAAAAGAGCUUCUCUAGUGGCCUUCACUACUGGGAGGUUGAAGUACCAGACAAGUACACGUGGAAUGUAGGGCUCUGCUUGGAUUCAGUUAAACGAAAAAUAUCAUAUAAUUACACCAGUCCUGAGAAUGGUUUCUGGUCCAUUUCCCGGAUUGAUAGGAGGUAUGAUGCCCUUUCUGUGCCACGUUUUGUUGUUAAUGUUGAAAACCCACCCCUUAAAAUAGUGGGGAUAUUUUUACAGUAUGAGAAAGGGUUGAUCUCUUUCUAUGAUGUGAAGGCAUCUUCCAUUCUCUAUACUUUCAAAAGCAAGUUCACCCAGCCUUUGAAGCCAUAUUUUUCCCCUGGGCCUCAUAUCCCAGGAGGAAAACAGGCUUUUAAGAUCCUCCAGGUGCCAGGUGGUUCUCGCUUUCUCUAGAGUCUCCAGGGGUCAUCCUCAUAGACAAUGAAAGCAGUGGCCAUUCCCCAGCCAGGAUGCUGCAGGGCUGGGGUUAGAGGAACCCCCAAGGGCCCUGGCUUCUCCCAGUCUUGGGGGACUAAGGGUGGUCCUGCUCACGUGGCCAGUUCCACUGCUCAUUAAACUCUGCCAUCCUAGCUAAUUACUACUGAAACUGAUUAGCUUCAUUUCUCAACAAACAUCUCUUUGAUGUUUCUCACCUUGCCUCACUGUCAAUUCAGAGUAUUUUACUUUCACUAAUAACCUAUUGGUUCUUCAGAGCUAAACAUCAAGUGCUGCCUAUUUCCAAAAAUUUCUUUGAUCCAAAAUCAGUGACCUGAACUCGGUUUUA